AUGCAAUCGACGCGUACCUUUGUCUCUUCGCUCCUCCGCCGACCUUACACCCAGCCAUUGACUGCAGCGAAGCAGUCGUUCACUGCACGACCGACACGACCUUUCUCCGCUACGACACGAGCCAUGGCUACCGAAUACAAGCUUAAAGGCAUCACCAGCCUUGAUGGCCUGAAGAACGGCCAGACACAGGAGGUUGAGGUUGAAGGUGUUGAAGAGGGCAAGGUCUUGCUGGCCAAGGUCAAGGAUGAAGUGCAUGCCCUGUCGCCCAAGUGCACACAUUACGGAGCACCACUCUCCAAGGGUGUGCUCACGCCCGACGGCAGACUGACCUGUCCAUGGCACGGAGCUUGCUUCGAUGUCAAGACUGGUGACAUCGAAGACGCCCCAGCACCAAACCCGCUACAGAAGUUCAAGAUCGUGCAGAAGGAUGGCGAGGUGUACAUCAAGGGUAGCCGAGAGCAGAUCUUGGCCAACAAGAGGACAUUGAACAUCAAGUGCCAGGCAAAGGGCAACGACCAUGUCGUCAUCAUUGGACGAGGAAGUGGUGCAUUUGGUGCCAUCGACGGUCUAAGAGCAGGUGGGUACACCGGACACAUCACGAGCAUCGCCGAGGAAGACUACCCACCAAUCGACCGAACGAAGCUAUCAAAGGCGUUGAUUACGGAUGUGUCGAGCAUUCAGUGGCGAACACCAGAGACCUACAAGGAAGCCGAUGUCACCUUCGUGCAGGGCCUGGCUGAGUCCGUCGACUUUAGUGGUCAGAAGGUCAAGACGAAGAAUGGCAAGGAGUUCAGCUACACCAAGCUCAUCCUCGCGUCAGGUGGCACACCCCGACAUCUUCCUCUCGAUGGCCUCAAGGAUGAUCUCAAGAACGUCUUCCUGCUGCGGACACCCCAGCAUACCCAAGAGAUCAUGAAAGCUGCUGGUGAGGACGGCGCAAAGAAGGUCGUCGUCAUUGGAAGCAGCUUUAUCGGUAUGGAAGUGGGCAAUGCUCUUGCUGGCAAGAAGCACAAUGUCUCGAUCAUCGGCAUGGAGUCGGAACCAAUGGAGCGUGUCAUGGGCACACAAGUCGGCAGCAUCUUCCGCAAGAUUUUGGAGCAGAACGGCGUCAAGUUCUACAUGGGUGCGUCAGUCGAGAAGGGCGAGCCAAGCAGCAGGGAUCCUAGCUCGAUAGGGUCAGUGGUACUCAAGGAUGGCACGAAACUCGAGGCAGACUUCGUCAUCGAGGGCGUCGGUGUCCGCCCUUCGACAGACUACCUCCAGAACAAUAGCUCCAUCAACCUCGAGAAGGACGGCUCCGUCUCAGUUGACGAUUCAUUCGCAGUCAAGGGCCUGAAGGACGUCUGGGCCAUCGGUGACAUUGCAACAUACCCCUACAACGGACCCGGCGGCAACGGCAAACCCGUCCGCAUCGAGCACUGGAACGUCGCCCAAAACAUGGGCCGCUCAGUCGCCCUCUCGAUCAACAGCCCUGGCUCCAAGCCAAAGGCUUUCAUCCCCGUCUUCUGGUCUGCGCUCGGCGCUCAGCUACGAUACUGCGGUCACACUCCUAAUGGCUUCGACGAUGUUACCAUUCAUGGCAACACUGACGUCAGCGAAGGCAAGCAGAGCUUCGUGGCGUACUACAACAAGGGCGAGGACAUUGUCGCAGUGGCUAGCAUGAUGAGAGAUCCGUACAUGACGCAGAGCGCGGAACUUAUGAGACGAGGUAAGAUGCCGACGAAGAGCGAGAUUGCGAAGGGCGUGGACAUUAUGGAGAUUAGUGUGCCGGCUGAGGUGAAGAUAUGA